GCAGCCGGCUUCCUGCCGUGGGCAGUCUGCUCAGUUCCGAGGGGUCCUGCGGAGGGAAGAGGUGCAUGAAGUUUAAAGCUCUACAUGGCUGGCAAGAAGCCAUCGGGCAGACGGUCAUGGCCUCUUCUGGGGCUGCUGGUCACCGUGGCUACCAUCCACCUGGUUGCAUGUCCCUACACCAAGGUAGAAGAGAGCUUCAACCUUCAGGCCACACAUGAUCUUCUGUACCACCGGCUGGACAUAGACCAGUACGACCACCAUGAGUUUCCUGGAGUUGUCCCCAGGACAUUCCUCGGGCCGCUGGUGCUUGCAGCGUUCUCUAGCCCCGUGGUUUAUGUGCUCUCACUGUUGGAAGUAUCCAAAUUUUAUUCUCAGCUGAUAGUCAGAGGAAUCCUUGGGCUUGGUGUGAUUUUUGGACUCUGGACAUUACAAAAGGAAGUGAGACAGCAGUUCGGGGCCACGGUGGCUGCCAUGUUUUGCUGGAUAUCAGCCACACAGUUUCAUCUCAUGUUCUACUGUACGAGGACACUCCCCAAUGUGUUGGCCCUGGCUGUGGUCUUACCGGCCCUCACAGCCUGGCUGCAGCGGAGGUGGGCCCUGUUUGUCUGGCUCUCAGCCUUCGUCAUCAUUGGCUUCAGGGCUGAGCUGGCCAUGCUGCUGGGCAUUGCGCUGCUGCUGACCUUGUACCAAAGAAGACUGUCGCUGGCCAGAGUGCUCCGACACGCCAUCCCAGCGGGGCUUCUCUGUCUAGGGCUGACGGUUGCUGUGGACUCCUAUUUCUGGCGAUACCUUGUAUGGCCGGAAGGAGUGGUGCUUUGGUACAACACUGUCCUGAACAAAAGUUCCAACUGGGGCACUUCCCCACCCCUGUGGUAUUUCUACUCAGCCCUGCCCCGAGGCCUGGGCUGCAGCCUUCUAUUCAUACCCUUGGGUGCAGUGGACAGGAGGACCUAUGCACUGGCCCUGCCGAGCCUGGGGUUCGUGGCUUUAUACUCACUCCUCCCACACAAGGAGCUGCGGUUCAUCAUCUAUACCUUCCCUGUCCUCAACGUCGUGGCUGCCAGAGGCUGCACCUAUGUCCUGAAUAAAAAGCCUUGGCCAUACAAGGUGAGAGCUCUGCUGGUGAUAGGACAUAUCUUGGUGAAUGUGGCAUAUACAGCCACGUCCCUCUAUGUGUCUCAUUUCAACUACCCUGGUGGGGUUGCGAUGCAGCGGCUACAUGAGCUGGUGCCACCUCAGACAGAUGUCUUUCUACACAUUGAUGUGGCUGCUGCCCAGACAGGCGUGUCACGGUUUCUACAGGUCAACGAUGUCUGGAGGUAUGACAAGAACGAAGAUGUGGGAGCAGCAGCCAUGCUGAACUACACCCACAUCCUCAUGGAGGCAGUGCCUGGGCACCUGGCCCUCUACAGGGACACACAUCGAGUCCUGGCCAGCAUUGAGGGCACUACAGGUGUGAGCCUGAAUCUGAUGAAACUGCCACCCUUUGAUGUCAACCUGCAGACCAAGCUGGUACUUCUAGAGCGGCUGCUUAGGCCGGCCUGAGAGGACAGGAGACCUCCAGGAACAUUGGGUGUGGUCACCUUCUAACUCAGUGAAGACAAUUCAAGAAAAGAGCAAAAGCCAGGGACUUCCAACAUGCCCCUGGUGUUGGCCUACAUCAGGCUGAGCCGGGCCCUACAAUAGCCACACCUAAGGCACAGGGCCUGAGAAUGUGGAGCCUGCUCAAACCUGACUGCCAUGGUUAGGUGGCCCACAGACAGGAUUGUUUACAUUCAUACUGGGAACCAUUCAUAACUAAGGACAGUGAGUCAGGCUAGAACACCCUGGCACCCUAGCUCUGCGGUGACCCUCAGUGUAUGUUUCUUGCCCCUGAAAACCACACUUGUUGCCCAUGGCCUCAAGAGACCAUGAUAUAAACCAGGUCUUUACAGGACAGACAGACAGACAUACACAUACACAUACACCACCACCACCACCAAUUAUGGCAGCUGUUAUAGUCUGAGACAUGUUAUCUCCAUUUCAGAUUAAUUCUGAGGACAUACACAUGUUCAUAAAAGAAUGGAAAUAAAAAUUAUGUUUUCUUAUA